ACCUGUGCCUGAACUGUGUCGCACAAACAAAGAUGGCCGAGAAACUGGCGGAUACAAAGGAAGCGAAAAGUUCAGCAGGAGGAUCAGCUGAUGGCAAUCAAGACGGUUUCACGGAGGGUAUCUUGCAAAUGUUUCGACCGGCAGUUGAAGAACUGGACAACAAAGCUCUCAGUGUGAGAAAAAGUCAAGUUGAGUUACGGGAACAAAUUGAUAAGUUAGCACAAGAAUUACACAGAUUGUCUGAGCUUCAAGAAUUCCCAGUUGACCUUGAACCAUAUGUAAAGAAACUUAUGAAUUCAAGAAGAAGAGUUAUGCUGGUAAACAAUAUAGUACAAAAUGCUCAGGAAAGACUUGGAAGGCUUCAUCAGAGUGUUACAAGAGAAACUGCCAAGAGGAAAGCUCUGCUGGAACCAUCUGAGUUUUCAUGAUAGUGUCAACCAAAAUGUACAGUACCUGAUUAUUAGUGGACAAUAUUAGGUUGUAUAAUUUCAUAAAUUGUUGAGGAUAUGAUGAUUCUAAAUUCUUUAAAAGUGAAAAAUAAUCAUUUCAAACCCAAUGUACCCAUAUUCAUUUUGAAAAGGGGAAGAUCAUUGUUCAAAUAGAAGUCGAUUUCUGAAUAUGGCUAUUGGGAUUGGGUUCAAUAUUCAAGUAAUCAAUCUAUUCUUGAAACAAUCAAAUUGUCAAUUCAUUGUUGCAUUCUUGAAAUGAGUUGCAGGUUCAAUAUUAGAAUAUUCAAUUUAUUUAAUGUAACCUUGAGGGAUGUGCUUUACUAAGUUUGACUGUAAUGUACAAAAACUCACUCAAAAAUACUACCAACAUUGAUUUUGGUAAGUAAACGUGGAUUUUUCUUGAAAGAUUAUUCCUAAACGCUAAAUAGACUGAAGUGACAGCUUAAUAGAGGUGAAAAUUACAGUAAUUGAGAGGAACAAAUUUUUGGACUUCAAUAACCAACGGCUUAAAUACUGGGUGACUGAUCAAUAUGUUGCUACUAGAUACAGGUUCAACUUAAUUUUUUAACUGAGGAAGCUCUUUUGAUGAACAAUAGACCCCACUCACUUGAACUAGGUCAACUCACAUCCCCUGGUAACUUGAUCUCAAUCCAUUUUACCUUGAUCCCAUCUUUUAAUCAGGUACUUUCCACUAACUGGAACUCCCACUAACUCACAGCAUUUUUUGUUUUCCUUGGGAUUUCAAGUUAGGGGGUUCUGCUGUUGACAAUCGAGGAAGUUGAGAUAUGACGUGUAUUGGACAAUCUUUAGAUCAAUAUUGAGAUGUGUAAGACAAAAAAAUAAAUAGACACACGCCCACAGAAAGUAUGUAGAAAUUUAUCUUGUUUAAAUUCAGCCUAUUAUGUAGACUGUUACAUUUACCUUUUGACCCCUAUCAGUGACCAGCAUCUACUUUCUCCUUACCAUAUCAC